UCCAAGGGUCGUCCAGGGUGGGGAGCCAGAGCUGCGGGUGCAGGGCAGGGCGGGGCGAGUGGCGCGUUACUAGUGCCUUUCGCGUUGCAUUCCUGGGAUUGCCUCGCUGCACUCUAUUUGCACCGGCUCUGAGUCUGCCAAGUAAGGAAACUGAGGGCGAGAAGUGGGAGGAGGUGCCAUCUGCAGGCCAGGGCACCUGCACCCCUCCCGGCUGCACCUGUCCGCAGGCGGUUCCCUGGAGGAGGAGCCCGGCACGAGGAGGUGGAGCCAGGGCAGCCCCUGGGAGCCCGACACCCUUCUCCAGGAUAAGAGGCAGAUUCUGACAGGAACCCCAGCAGCCCCACAGGCAGAAAGUUCUGGGCGCAGCCUCAUGGAGGAGAAGCAAAUUCUGUGCGUGGGGUUGGUGGUGCUGGACAUCAUCAAUGUGGUGGACAAGUACCCGGAGGAGGACACGGAUAGCAGGUGUCUCUCCCAGAGAUGGCAACGUGGAGGCAACGCGUCCAACUCCUGCACCGUCCUUUCCCUGCUCGGAGCCCCCUGUGCCUUCAUGGGCUCGCUGGCCUCUGGCCCUGUUGCCGAGGUCCCUUAGUGGCCCUGCCAGCUGCCCUCCAGUCCCCCAAACCCUUGCCGAACUGCACCUCCCCUGGGUUACUCCACCCUGGCAGUUUUGUCCUGGAUGACCUCCGUCGCUAUUCUGUGGAUCUACGCUACACGGUCUCUCAGACCAUGGGCUCCAUCCCCAUCUCCACCGUCAUCAUCAACGAGACCAGUGGUAGCCGCACCAUCCUCCACGCCUACAGCUUCCUGGUGGCUGACUUCAGGCGGCGGGGCAUAGAUGUGUCUCAUGUGGCCUGGCAGAGCAGAGGGGAUACCCCGUGCUCUUGCUGCAUCGUCAACAACUCCUGUGGCUCCCGUACCAUUGUGCUCUACGACACGAACCUACCAGAUGUGUCUGCUAAGGACUUUGAGAAGGUCGACCUGACCCGGUUCAAGUGGAUCCAUAUUGAGGGCAGGAAUGUAUCAGAGCAGGUAAAGAUGCUGCAGCGGAUAGAACAGCACAAUGCCAGGCAGCCUUCUGAGCAGAAGAUCCGGGUGUCCGUGGAGAUAGAGAAGCCCCGGGAGGAGCUGUUCCAGCUGUUUGGCUAUGGAGAGAUGGUGUUUGUCAGCAAAGAUGUGGCCAAGCACCUGGGAUUCCAGUCAGCAGUGGAAGCCCUGAAGGGCUUGUAUGGUCGUGUGAAGAAAGGGUCUGGGGUGGGCCAACCUUCAUCUGAGUGGAAGUCUUACAGGGCCACCCUUAUCUGUGCCUGGGCUGAGGAGGGUGCUGAUGCCCUGGGCCCUGAUGGCCAGCUGCUCCAUUCGGAUGCCUUCCCACCACCCCGGGUAGUGGACACUCUAGGGGCUGGCGAUACCUUCAAUGCCUCUGUCAUCUUCAGCCUCUCCAAGGGCAAGAGCAUGCAGGAGGCACUGAGAUUUGGCUGCCAGGUGGCUGGCAAGAAGUGUGGUCUGCAGGGGUUUGAUGGCAUCGUGUGAGAGCCAUGUGGCAGGAGACACCAGCUCACCCCUCCCUAGAAGGCUGGCAUCACUGGCUACCACUGUCUUCUCCCUUCUGUCCAGCCUGGCAUCCAGGCUGCCUUGUACCCAGGCAAAUGUGGGCUGUGAGAAGGACUCUGCCUGGGUCCUGUGUCCUUUGUCUCUUCCUCUCCCCAUAUCUCCCCCUGCAGAGCCUCAGAGCAAAUAAAUCUUCCCCCGAGCCAG